AUGAAUAAACGGGUUUUCAUUUGGGCUUUGUGUGUUUUACUUUUCGUUAUUGCUGUUACAGCUAGUUACAGCGAAGAGUCUUCAGAAACUGACGUAUCAAAUGAAAAGUCUUACGAUUCAUCGAGCGAAGAAGAGUCUUACGAUUCAUCAAGUGAAAAGUCUUAUGAUUCAUCAAGUGAAGCCGAUUUUUACGAUUCAUCAAGUGAAGACGAUUCUUACGAAGAUUCUCAUGAUUCAUCAAGUGAAACAUCUUACAAUUCAUCAAAUGAAGAGUCUUCAGAAUACCAUUCAUCAUAUAAAGAUUCUGAUAAACACGAUUCACCAAAUUACGAGUGUUCAAAAUACGGUGAUUCAAACAAUGGAAAUAGCUCUCAAUGUCCUUGCUCUUCUGCCGAAGCAACGUUUAGUGGUAGAAUUAGUGGUGUGAUGCUUUUUAUUCAGAAACCAUGCGGUGGUACCGUCAUAACAGGAGCAUUCCGGGAUGGAUUCGUGGAUCCUGGAAAGAAUUGUUAUACUUUCAAGAUUCAAAGUGCUAAUGGUGAACUUAGGGACAUUACAAAUGAUCUGCACGUCAAAUUUGUUAACGAUGGAACCGAACCAUUCAAAGUUAGGAUUCCCAAUCUUACUCUCAACUGCGAUAAAAAUGGUAUUUUAGGUGGAAAUGAUCCAAGAAAGCGCGAUUAUUUGUGGAAACGUUCGCAAAACGCAACUCAAAACGCAACUAUGUGUAUCUUCGAAAAUGGUAAAACCUGCGGGCAAGCUCCAAUAAAUUUACUUUAA